GAAAUGACGUAUGGAAAUAGCGCGGGAAGUUGUGUCAUUUUAAUGUUUACAAAAUAGUAGUGAAUUUGAGCUUGGGAAAGAGCGAGUCGCCCGGCACCCCAAAUGCCUCCAAAACGUAGACUAAAAUCAGACAAUGAGAAGCCAAAGAAGUCCAAGUCAGAAAAUGCACCACCUGAAGUUUUCACUCACUGGUUGAUGAAGUCUGAGCCUGAAACCCGCAUGGAGAAAGGUGUUGACAUGAAGUUUGGCCUGGAGGACCUGAAGAAGUGCCCAGAGCAGACGGCAUGCUGGGAUGGAGUGCGGAACUAUCAGGCACGGAACUUUAUGCGAGACCAGAUGCGUGUUGGACAAUCCGCCUUCUUCUAUCACAGCAACUGUAAGGAGCCUGGCAUUGCUGGAGUAAUACAGAUAGUGAAGGAGAGUUACCCGGACCACACUCAGUUCGAUAAGAAGGACGUCCAUUAUGACAGCAAGGCCAGCACAGAUGACCCUCGUUGGUUCAUGGUCGACGUGAAGUAUGAAAGGACCCUGAAGAGAUUCAUCUCGCUGGCCGAGCUGAAGUCCCUACGCCAGGAACACAAGCAGACUGGCGGGCCACUUAAGGACAUAGCUCUCUUCACACGAGCCAGACUGUCGGUGCAACCUGUGAGAGAAGAGGAGUGGCAGUAUAUUCUGUCCCUGGAAGACCAGGAAGAAGGGAGCUAACUCUUGCCAGCUCAGCCAACUGACAGCUGAGAAACCAGUCCACUGCCAAGCAGCGAGGUAAAGCAAUAAGGCCUCAUUGAAUCAAGAUGAACUCUGCUUGUAGCCUGGUUGAGAAUAUGCAGUCCAGACUGACAUUGUAAGAUCUGAGGAAAGGCCAACUGAAUGUAUUGUUUCACAGAUGCACCUGUUGCGUGUCAUCCAUUAAUUAGCAGGUGUGUGUUAUACCAGAAGAAGCAUGGUAAGAAGGCAUGUUGAAAUAAUUCCUCUGUUUGUCUGUUUUUCUUAUUUGAUAAAUUCAUUCUCUUCCAAAUAAGUUUUCUUUUCCCUGCUGGAAUUUUACAGGAUAAUAAAUAUGUAAAUCGA